AUGGAGAUAAUAGACUUGUCAAAUGCAACAUGGGAGGAAGUUGGGAAAGCCUGUGAUAUCAUAUUUUUAUGGGCCUUUGAUGAAUACGAGAAAGUUGAGGGUUUUGUGGAAUCUGUUAUCCCUACUAACAGUGACACCAUGGAUAAAAUUAUACUAUUGAUUCAAAGCAAUAAGAAAACAUGGAAGAUUGCCUUCUCACUUUAUGGUGUCGCAUGGCCCAGAGGUGAGGAGCCCUAUGCAGAUGAAGCAUUUGAACUGCUGAGGCAAACCUUAGUUCACAAAAGGGUGGAGGUUCUGCUGGAGACUAUUGAUUCAGAUGGCUAUUUUAUGGGAACUUUGUUGGAGUCAAAUACCCAUGUGGCAAUCCCCCUCUUUAAAGCCGGCCUUUUAAAAGUGGAACCAGGUCCAAGCUUAGCACGUGGAUAUUUUUCGUGCUCAGGACUCUGCAAUAAAAAAGAAACUGAAAAUUUGGGAGAAUAA